AUGCCGUUGAUUGAAUCAGAUGCCGCUAUGCCAGAGGCAUCAUCCAGCAAUCUCCCAGAUCGCCUCCCUUUUCCGCCAACCACCUACUCCCAUAUCUUGCAUUGCUCCUAUCAUGACUGGCAUCCGCGGUACCGCAAACUUGCUCCCAAGUCGCGCGUCAUUCCUUUGACCGCUCCUUUCGUCGAAUACCUCCGUGCCGACGGCAUUGUUCUUCCACCGGAGGCAGCCGCCCCAACCGACGAUGAUAACCUAGACACAUUCUCCGAUUCGGGCGAGGAGGAGCCCGAUCCAUCUACGGAGUGGCAGGAGAUCCACACCCAGAUCAAGAAUACUAUUUCUGAGUUUGGUGGCAUUGUCACACCGAAAUUAAACUGGAGUGCUCCCAAAGAUGCAACAUUCAUGGCCGCCACAAACGACACCCAAUGCCGUUCUCCGAAUGAUAUCUACCUCCUCCUGAAAAGCAGCGACUUCAUCACCCAUGAUUUGGAUCAUCCCUUCGACGACUGUGUGCCGGAUACAACCACCGACGAAUCCACGCCGUCCCCGGUUGACUCACCGCUGCCGGAUGUCCCGUAUUCUCUGGUUCUCCGCAAAUACGUCAACUUCAACCCUUCGCUCGAGUUCCGUUGCUUUGUGCGUAACCGCGUACUGUUAUGCAUCACCCAGCGCGAUCAGAACCAUUUCGAAUUCCUCUUCCCCAUGCGUGAUAUGCUCCGGUCUCGAAUCCAGUCAUUCUUCGACGAAAAGCUCAAGUACACUUUCCCCGAAUCCAACUUUGUAUUCGAUGUGUACAUCCCCGCACCACACCAGCGUGUCUGGUUGAUUGAUAUUAAUCCGUGGGCGCAGCGUACCGACCCGUUGCUGUACAGUUGGUUGGAGAUCCUCCAAAUGAAGGAUCCCAUUGGUGUGCAGGAGGAUGAAGAUGUUGGAGCGGAAGAGUUUGUGAGAAUCUCCCUCCAAGAUGGUAAGGUAAUGCCUUCGGGCACGGCAGAAGAACUCGAAAAGGAAGAUGAUUUGAGUUCCGACUCGGAAGAAGAAGAUGAGGCCGCCGAAGGAGAUGACGAACAGGCCCCCUUCCUCCCGGAAUUCCGUCUCAUCAAAAAGGAUGACCCUGAGGCAUACGCAUUCAGCUCCACUCAAUAUUCGGCUCACAAGGUGCCCAGGGAGCUGGUUGAUGCUUCGCUUGAAGGACCUGGCGGCAUGAGUGAAUUCAUGGGCCAGUGGCAGGAUAUCUUGAAGAAGCAGGAGCAAGAGGAUCGGGCUGCUGACAGUGACUCUGAAUAA